CAGGGGCAGGUCGGCUGCCUGUCCGACCAUAUUUUGGCGACACAUUGUGACCAACCUGCUACAAAGAGGAUCAGCUUCUUUUCCCCUCAAGGCUGCCGCUGCGCGAAGAGAUUCAGGCAUCUGGCUGUACAUUUAAAGCUGGUCAGCCUUUCAUCUGAAUCCGCGCUUCUUGCUUUUCUUCUUCUUCUUCUUCAUCUUUCCCUCUCUUCCUCAUUUCUACCUUCAACUUCAUAUCAUCCGCCCUAUUAUUCGCUAGUGCCUAUCCAAGGGGGAACUGCAAGACAUCGUCACUUGCUUUUAAUACCAUACCUAUUGGCAUUUAUUUUACCCUGCAACCUAAUUAAUUCUUUGUGAUGGCAUCUGCGCGUGGGUCUACCUCGAGCAAGGCGCCAUCGCUGGCUGCCUCCAUCACACCCAAGGAGAGCCAGCAUGUCCAUAUGGAUAGCGCCGAUUCGGCCAAUACCGAAAAGGCCUCUGUGCAUGAGCUUGACAAGCUCGACCAGCUGCCCCCCGCCGAUGACAACGAUAAGGACCGUGUCGUGGCCGAGGAGGAGCAGCCGCCACCGAUCAAGCUGGUGCGCAUGUUCCGGUUUGCCAACAAGACCGACAAGCUGCUGUGCUUGCUUGGCACCUUCUGCUCGCUGGCUGCUGGCGUUAUUACGCCAGUAAUGACUAUUGUAUUCUCGAGCCUAAUGUUCUCGCUCAUCGAAUACGGAAGAAUCACCACGAACUCAACGCCGGAGCUACUGGCAAAGGCCAACCAUGACCUUGAUCAUGAUGCGCGCAAGUACUGCCUGUGGUUCUUUUUGCUCGGUAUUCUGAUGUGGAUUCUGUCGUACAGUCUCAAUGCGUGCUGGACGAUUGCUGCGGAGAACCAGGGCCUGCGCAUCCGCGAGCUGUACUAUGAGUCGAUCAUGCGCCAGGACAUUGGCUGGUUCGACACCAUCAAGACUGGUGAGCUUACUACGCGCAUCACCAACGAUGUCAACCUGGUGCAGGACGGCAUUGGCGAAAAGUGGGGGUUCAUUAUGAUGAACACCACGUCGUUUAUCACUGGUUUCAUCAUUGCCUUGGCCAAGGGCUGGGAUCUGGCACUCAUCUGCCUGUGCGUGAUGCCGUUCAUCAUGGGCUCGGCUGGCAUCAUGGGCUGGAAGAUCUCCAAAUGGGUUGCCUUUGGGCAAGACCACACCGCAGCCUCUGGGGCUGUGGCUGACGAGGUCCUUGGCGGCAUCCGCACGGUGAUGGCAUUCAACGGCCAGGAGCGCGAGCUGACGCGGUACGACGAGAAGAUCCAGGAGGCGUACAAAUUUGGCCGCAAGAAGGGGUUCGUCCUCGGAGCCGGCUUUGGUGCAGUGCAGUUCUUCAUCUUUGUCAUGUACUGCAUUGGCUUCAACUACGGUAUCUGGCGCAUCGUUAACGGCCAUAUGAACCCACAGCAGCUGCUUAACGUGUUCUUUGCUCUGCUCAUCGGUGGCUUCUCGAUUGCCGGCUCAGCACCCAAUUUCUCGGCGGUGUCGACCGCCCAGGGAUGUGCCGCCAAGGUGUUUGCCAUCAUCGACCGUGAGUCGCCUAUCGACCCGCUUGACUCGGAGCACGGCAAGAAGGUCGAUCGUGUGCGCGGCCAUAUCGAGUUCCGUGAUGUGCAUUUCAGCUACCCGACGCGCCCUAGUGUUCCCAUUCUGAAGGGGUUCAACCUCGAGAUCCGGCCUGGGCAGAAGGUUGCGCUGGUCGGCGAGUCUGGCUGCGGCAAGUCCACGACUAUCGGUCUGAUUGAGCGCUUCUACGACCCGGCCCAGGGUGAGGUGCUCAUCGAUGGCGUCAACAUUAAGGAAUUCAACAUCGGGUCGCUGCGUCACCGCAUUGGCAUCGUCACUCAGGAGCCUAACAUCGUCUGGGGCGCCAUCGACCCUGAGGGCAACCCACCGACCAAGGAGGAGGUCAUCGAGGCGUGCAAGGCUGCCAACGCGCACCAGUUCAUUGACAUGCUGCCCAACAAGUACGAAACUCUGGUCGGCGAGGGCGGUGCCCUGCUGUCGGGUGGUCAGAAGCAGCGUAUUGCCAUUGCCCGUGCCAUUAUCCGCAACCCCGAUAUCCUGCUUCUCGACGAGGCUACCUCAGCCCUGGAUACUGCAUCCGAGCGCCUUGUGCAGGAUGCUCUGGACAAGCUGUCUGCCGACCGCACCACGAUCUCGAUUGCGCACCGCCUCUCCACCAUCCGCAAUUGCGACCAGAUCUAUGUCGUGCGCGAGGGCAUUGUGUCUGAGAAUGGCACCCACGACGAGCUGGUCGGGUUCAACGGCGAGUACGCUGCCAUGGUCAAGGCGCAGGAACUGCGGCAGGCUGUGCGUGCCAAGAUCGAGGUUGAUGAGCCUGUUGCUGAGGAGGACGUCGAUGCGCUGAUUGCCAAGGAGCUGAAGGAGCAGGCGCUGGAUCUGAAGGCCACUACCCACCAGACCAUGCAGAGCGUCAAGCGCGUGUCGACGACGCAAUCGCAGCGCGAGGCCAAGAAGCAUUACAAGUCGCUGGAGGAGUCGAGCGACUUUUACCUACUGUGGCGCCUGCUGAACCAGUACCGUGGAUCCAUGAGGGCUGCGAUUCCGGGCUCAGCUCUCGCCAUCAUUAACGGUGCCAGUGAUGCCAUGAAGAAGGAGACCACCAAGUACGCUUGCAUGUUCCUGAUCUUCGCUGUCGUCGAUUUGUUCGCCAUGUUUGGUCGCGCCGGUCUGUUCCACAUUGCCGGUGAGAGCCUGACCAGGCAGAUUCGCCACGAAACCUUCAAGGCGUACCUGACGUUCGAGUCCGGGUACUUUGAUGAUGAGGAGAACGGCACCGGUAUGCUGACGGCGCGCCUUGCCACCGAAGCCGAGGACGUCAACAAGGUCGUGGGCACGGUUCUGAGCACGUUCGUCAGCACCCUGUCGACGAUGAUCACGGCUAUUGCCAUUGCAUUUGGCUUUGCGCAGUUCAUGCAGGCGCGUGCAGUCUGGGGCUCGUCCUUCCGCACCAAGAAGGCGUACGAGAAGUCGGGCCAGGCAGCCGCCGAGACCAUCCGCAACAUCAAGACCGUGGCCACUCUGCGUCGCGAGGAGACGUUCAUCAAGAUUUUCAACGACCACAACCGCGAGCCGCACAAGAGCAGCAUCCGCAGCGCGCUGGCGUGCAAUCUGUUUGUCAACGCCCUGGUGUUCUUCGCCGGCUGCAAGUUCAUUAUGACCAAGGUCAUGAUGACCACGCUGUUCUCGUCGAUGGCCAUCGGCAUGCUGGCGCAGUUCUCCACUAUGGUGUCCAAGGGCGCUGUGUCGUCGCGCGGCAUCUACAUGACGCUGGACCGCAAGUCCCACAUCGACGGCAUGAACCCCGAGGGCGAUGUCUCGGAGAAGUUCGAGGGCAACACCAGUUUCAAGGACGUCAAGUUCAGCUACCCGAUCCGCCCCGACACCAGGAUUCUCAAGGGCAUCUCGUUCGAGGGCAUGGCGGGCAAGAGCGUCGCUCUGGUCGGCGCCUCAGGCUCCGGCAAGUCCACGUCGAUUCUGCUGGCCCAACGCCUGUACGAUGCCGACACUGGCUCGGUGUCAGUCGAGGGCAUCGACGUCAAGGACUGGAGCAUCACCGGGCUGCGCGACAGCAUGGCCAUUGUCGGCCAGGAGCCGAUUCUGUUCAACUACACGAUCGGCGAAAACAUUGCCUACGGCAAGCACGGCGCCACGCAGCAGGAGAUCGAGGAGGCGGCCAAGGAGGCCAACAUCUACAACUUCAUUCUGAACCUGCCCGACGGCUUCAGCACCAACCAGCGCGUCGCCAUUGCGCGUGCCUUGGUGCGCAAGCCCAAGCUGCUGCUGCUCGAUGAGGCCACUGCCGCUCUGGACUCGCGCUCCGAGAAAGCCAAGGAGCGCACCACGCUGACGGUCGCCCAUCGCCUCAGCACGAUCCAGGACUGCGACAUGAUUGUUGUGUUCAAGAACGGCCGCAUUGUCGAGCGCGGCACCCACGACGAGCUGAUUGCGCUCAAGGGCACCUACCACCUGCUGGUCGAGCAGCAGUCGCUGCAGGUGACCCACUAA